GUCUGCGUUUGGCGACCACGACGUUGGUGUAUUUGUUCUCACUUCACCUCCCCCCAUUGAGUUUGGUGAGCAUCCAACACCAGAUCAGGCUCCAUUUUGACAGCUUGGAAGCUACAAAUAUAUCGGUGUCAGUGAUGACCUUCCCGGGGCGUCCUUUAACAUGAGCCUGGGAGUUGGUGCCCUCAUCUAGAUGAACUGAAUGGGAUUGUCGACCAACCUCGCAGAGACAACCUAUUAUUUAAAAGUGUCUUCCUUCUUCCUUAAAUCGAUACACUGCAUUCAGUACUCUGCUAUACGCGCAACAAUUCCCACUCUUUUUCUUCCUCUUCGGCAUAGUCUAUUGAACGUUGUCCACCCCUCCCCCUCCCCCAUCGCCUUCUGUCGACAUGUCCUCAACGACUACAGGCUCCUCUUCAAGUGCCACUAGUACAGAUCGUAAUGGGAAUAACAACAGCUCAAGCCCUACUAGUUCGCCUCUACUAUUUUUCGUCGCCCUCGGGUUUGGUGUUGUUUUCACUAAUCUAUGGAUUAUCGUGGGGGUAAAAUAUUGCUUUCGAUAUAAUCAACGCAAUCGCCAAUUACGCAGUGAAGUGACAGGCGAGCCUAUAGAUCUGGUCGCUAUGCCACGAACACACCGAAGACGUCGAGAAAAGAAGUUGAUGACUAUGGACGACGUUAACGAGAGGUUUCCACUGACGAAGUAUAAAGCAUGGAGGUCAUCCCGGGAGAAUGAAGGCCUCUCUGGUGCAGGCGGGAUCUCGGCACCGAAUAGCCGGUCGCAAAGCCCCAAGGAUGAGAACUACAUGUUGUCCGCUUCGCUUGGCGCUCCUUCAUCCAUGGUGGCAUCGCCACUCAAAAGCCAUCAGCGGGUUGAUUCCAACACUUCGCAGGCCUCUGCACCACUAGAAAACCUGGAGACAACGCUACCACAAUCUGAAGAGAAGAGCCAGAGAUAUUCCGAGCCAAGCCCUACAAACAUCGGAGUAAACGACAACGCCAACAUAUCAGCCCCGGAGCAGCCCCGUAACCACGCGCUCAACCAUGUCAUCGUAGAGGAUGUUGGAGACCUUGAAGACCAUAUCCGCACCGCUGUACCUGCCGAUUUCCUGGCAAAUCCUGGGGAUACUUGUGCUAUAUGUCUCGAUACGAUCGAGGAUGAAGAUGAUAUACGGGGGCUUACAUGUGGACAUGCUUUUCAUGCGUCUUGUGUUGACCCAUGGUUGACAAGUCGACGGGCUUGCUGUCCCCUAUGUAAGGCAGAUUACUACAUCCCGAAACCUCGCGCAGAAACUUCUGAAUUGGCUCCUAGCUCAGAACGUCAAGGUCGACGUGGCAUGGCACGAGUGACACCUAUAAACCCGCCACAGGCUGUUCUUAUCGGUGGAAGAGUGAACUUUCUGCGGCCGUCGGGAUCCCCGGAGCAGCAUGUGCAACGGCGCCCGUUGACCCACAGAGCGGGCUUCUCUCGAUUGCGCCUUUGGCGAGCCUCUCAAUCUAACCACCAGCCCACAUCUCCUGUGCCUGAUACUUCGUCUGGACAGCCAGAUCGGAGGGCUCAAAGGCUAGCACUCUUCACUGCAUCCUACUUUCCCCUGAACUUCAGUCUCCGAGGUAAUCGUGCAUCGAGAGGACUUGCAAAUAGGAACGCAGACGUCCGACAUUCAGAAAACAACCGAUCGCUUGGGGAACUUGAAGCCGGACCACCUAUAUGAAAUGUUCCCUUUUGUUAUCCUCAAGGACUCCUGAUCUAUAUAUCUUGAAUCUCAUGUCUUCUCUGCCUCUCGACAUCUGGAAUGCCGGUUGGACAGACUCGUGGUUAUCCUUGCGCAGGGUGCAGCAAACGCCUGCGGCUUUGU